CUUACUAACUAGAUAUUUAGGAUGUUAAGUAUUUAACUUGUAUGCAAAUUGGCUUGCCGAUAUAAGUGUAAGUGAAAUAUCAAAAUAAAAGCUGGUCUAUAUAAUUUCCUCCUUUGGAGGGACUGUUUUUUUGCAGCUCUCCCUGUGAAAACACGUGGAGAGGAGCGCCAUCUAGUGAUGUUGUGAGGAAAUUACAGCUGUCAGGAGAUCAGAUUGAUGAUGACCAACAAAGUUAAGAACACAUUUGUGUGGGAAAAAAAAAAUCUCCAGCAUGGAGGGUCAAAAUACGCCAAACAAUCCUUUUUCAUUUUGUUUUACGAAGUUAUUUACAGAGAAGAUCAGUACAGGGUUUAACUUACGGAGGAGAAAAUAAAACUUUCACAGAGGUGGCCAGAUGGAGAUCACUGAUGAACUUCAGGGUGUCGUACCAGAAAUUAUAGGUUUUAUCACGCUGUUGUAUUUUAUUAGCAGAUAGAGCACAGGUGUUAAAAUGUGGCACCAACAGACAAGAAACAGUCGCAACGAAGAAAAUUCCCAGCUGUGACCAAUAACCAGAGGUCUGUUAGAGGACAUUAGGAAACAAACUUCACCAUAAACACCAAAGACCACAGCAGGUAGGUUACGGGAAUAAAGAUUUAGGGAAAUCUAACUCAGAAUUCGGCUAUAAAACAAAUGGACUUUAUAUCUAAAGUGAGGAUCAUGGACUAAUUAUAGAUCAUUUCUGUCAUGAUGUUCUGUUUGAAGAGGACCAAAAUGCAGAAAUGCUGAGGCAGAAAGUAGAUUCAAAGAUUUAAUGGAAAAAGAAAAAAUAAACUAAGACUUUACAAAAAGUAAUGGGAGAACAGGGAGCCAGAGGAGAACAAAAAAUAUCAGAAACAAAUAAGAAGCAUGACAAAUCUAAUUUAACAGGAGGAACUUAUAAUUAAAUUCAAGAAAUAAAUAAACACAAAUUAGAGUCACUGAGAAAAGAUUGAAGUAAAGUAAAAUAGAAAGAAGACUGAUGUAAUCAAAAUGAGAAUCUAAGGAACACAAUAAUAAUCAAAAUACCAAAGCAGCUCCAAGCAACCUAUCAUUUUUAUCUUUACAUUUAGCUUGUAGGUCAGAAUGUGACGAACAAGUAAAAUCAAUUAGACUUUUUAGAGUGCAGAAAAUGAGUUAAAAUUAUAAGAAUCAAGCAGGAAAGAAAACACAAAUUGUUGUGUUUCAGGUGUUUGUUUGGUGAAUUCUUGGUUAAAACAUGUUUGUUUUUCAUUCAGUGGGUGGAGAAAACAGACAUUUUACUCAAUUAAAAGUAGAAAUACUUUCUAAUAAAAUUACUCGAGUCAAAGUAAAAAGUACAUGUUUUCAAAAAAAGUUACUCAAGUAAAGGUAACUGAGUAAAUGUAACGAGUUACUCCACAACUCUGUGAAUAUUUCCCUCCAGUUGUCCUGGCAGGGUGCGGUGGGCGCAUCCCGUCUCCAAUGGCAACCCGAUAGAUCAGCUCCAUCGAUAUUCGCGUUAUUGGAAAGCAGGAGGCUUUUCGGGGAGGAUCAGCGAUGUGGACGCGCUGUGGAUGUCUGUGCCAGCUGCGUGCGUGCGUGUGCGUGUUCACCUUGCACUGAGAGGGAGCUCGGGUAUUUCGGAGAGGUGGAGAUGCUGCUUUGUCAUUGAGGACCUCAGCAGCAGCAGCAGCAGCAUCAGCCUCAUUAUUCUCCCACUCCGGCACGUCCGACGCUCAGCAUGCAGCAUCCUGAUGCGCUCCCGGCCGCGGUCUCUCUCUCUUUCUUUCUUUCUCUCUCUCUCUCUCUCUCUCAGCCCACCUGGAUUUUCUGGCGUUUCUCGUGAUUUUUCCAGCCUGGUAUGUGCGUGUUGACUGAAGCGGCUGCGUACCGUCGACUCAUGUCAAUGUUUGAGCCGGAGGAGAGCGGCACGUCCCAAGUGUCAGGGAAGAUACGACCCAUCCUGCGGAUGCGCUGUUGCUGCUUUGCCUCCAGCGGGAGCCCAACUGUGUGAGAUCCAUGAUUUAUCCCUCUGUUUUCUGGGGCUGUCCUAAGAGAGCCCCCGCUUCUUUCUCCUCUUCCUCCUCCUCUUCUUUUUUUAAUAAAUAAAAAUGGAAAGGUUCCAGUCUUCCAUGCGCAAACGGCUCUACAGCUUGCCGCAAAACAUUGUGCAAAAACCCACAGUGACUGACAGUGAAGGAGACAGCGGCGACAAGGACACCAGGAGGAAAAGUAUUCGGCUAAAACAUUUGUCCUCUCUGUCUCCCGCAAGCAGUUGCAGGAGCGUCGAGGAGGCCAGGAGCGAAGACUUGGACAGGGACGUUUUAGGGCUGAAGACCAACUUGAACGGGGACUGCCGCUUUUUCCGGAGCAGCAUCUCUUCCAUCACCGGGAGGCAUCCUGCGGGCUCGGAUCCAGCGGAGCAGCGGUGCCUCCUGCCGGAGACGGACGCCGGGGCCAGCGAGAGUUCACCCGGGGAGCCGGUGGCCCAGGACCGGGCGGCGGGCUGCGCACCCGGGCAGCCGUCCGUGUUCGACCAGUCAACUUUCAUCAAGUUGGAGGGCGCGGACCAGAUCAUACCCGAAGAUGACCGACUGUACCAGGCCGGCUUCAUGCACCGACAGUUCGGGGCAAUGCUCCAGCCGGGAGUCAACAAGUUUUCCCUGCGGAUGCUGGGCAGCGAGAGGGCCGUGGAGCAUGAGAGGGAACGCGUGAAGUCCGCAGGCUUCUGGAUAAUCCACCCGUACAGUGAUUUUAGGUUUUACUGGGACCUGACCAUGCUUCUGCUGAUGGUGGGAAACCUCAUCAUCAUCCCCGUGGGAAUCACCUUCUUCAAGGACGAGCACACGCCGCCGUGGAUCGUCUUCAACGUCGUGUCGGACACCUUUUUCCUCCUGGACCUCGUUCUCAACUUUCGCACCGGCAUCGUUAAGGAGGACAACACGGAGAUCAUCCUGGACCCGCACCAGAUCAAAGUCAAGUACCUGAAGAGCUGGUUCGUUGUGGACUUUGUCUCCUCCAUACCUGUGGACUACAUCUUCCUCAUUGUGGAAACUCGCAUAGACUCUGACUUUUACAAGACGGCCCGGGCCCUGAGGAUUGUCCGGUUCACCAAGAUCCUCAGUCUGCUGCGGCUGCUGCGUCUUUCCAGACUCAUUCGCUACAUCCACCAAUGGGAAGAGGUCUUUCACAUGACGUAUGAUCUUGCCAGUGCCAUGGUGCGAAUCAUGAACCUGAUUGGGAUGAUGCUGCUGCUGUGCCACUGGGACGGCUGCCUGCAGUUCCUGGUGCCAAUGCUGCAGGAUUUCCCUCCGGACUGCUGGGUCACCCGGAACAAGAUGGUGAAUGACACCUGGGGUCAGCAGUACUCCUAUGCCCUGUUCAAAGCCAUGAGUCACAUGCUGUGCAUCGGGUACGGCCUGUACCCGCCCAUCGGCAUGGCAGACGUCUGGCUCACCAUCCUCAGCAUGAUCGUUGGCGCCACCUGCUUUGCCAUGUUUGUGGGUCACGCCACAGCUCUGAUCCAGUCUCUGGACUCCUCAAGGAGGCAGUACCAAGAAAAGUAUAAGCAAGUGGAGCAGUACAUGUCCUUCCACAAGCUCCCCGCUGACAUGAGGCAGAGAAUCCACGACUAUUACGAGCACCGUUAUCAGGGCAAGAUGUUCGACGAGGAGAGCAUCCUGGAGGAGCUGAAUGAGCCGCUGCGAGAGGAAAUCAUCAACUUCAACUGCCGCAAACUGGUAGCCUCCAUGCCUCUGUUCGCCAACGCCGACCCCAACUUUGUCACCUCCAUGUUGACCAAACUGCGCUUCGAGGUCUUCCAACCGGGCGACUACAUCAUCAGGGAGGGCACCAUCGGGAAGAAGAUGUACUUCAUCCAGCACGGCGUCGUCAGCGUCAUUACGAAGAGCAGCAAAGACACCAAACUGACGGACGGCUCUUAUUUUGGAGAGAUCUGCUUGCUGACUCGAGGCAGAAGGACAGCCAGCGUGCGAGCAGAUAACUACUGCCGGCUGUAUUCUCUGUCUGUAGACAACUUCAACGAGGUGCUGGAGGAGUAUCCCAUGAUGAGAAGGGCCUUUGAGGCCGUCGCCCUCGACCGCCUGGACCGAAUCGGAAAGAGGAACUCGAUUUUGCAGCAUAAAGUCCAGCAUCACCAAAGCUCUGGCACAUUAAACCUCCACGAAACAGAAAUCAUCCAAAGAAUCGUCCAGCACGACCGGGACAUGGCCCAAUGCACGCAGCUGAUCCAAAGCAGCACUGCACAGAGUUUGAACGCGACCAUCGCUCCGCCGUCCCCCACCCCUCUCAUCUGGACGCCGCUGGUCCAGGCGCCGCUGCAGGCUGCCGCUGCCACCACGCCGCUGGCUCUAGCAUUGGCCCAUCACCGCCAGCUGCCUCCCAUCCUCUUCCACAGUCCUCUGGUUCCUGGUUCCUCCAUGAAGAACCAUUCCAGGAGGGUCCACAUGGGAGGCACCGCCUCCAGCAGCUUUGGUUCAGUUCCUGGCUCCCCGGUUAGCUCUGCUAAACCCAGAUCUGUGGUUGAGACGCCGACGUUGGGGUUUUCUUUGGCACAGCAUCACUUCACCACGGUUUUAUCACCCACGGUGAUGUCGCAGCCCGUCUUUACAAGCAGCCUACAGCCCACGCCGCAGCCUCUUUACCAGCCUCCUCACUGCGCCCCGGUCUUCCCCUCCUACACCUGCUCCGCUCAGCUCCACCCUCAGCCGUUCCUCGGUGCCAUGGCCGCUCCGCCUCAGCCUCUGGGUUUGCUACAGCAAGGGGCGCCGGGGAGGAUUUCGGGAAGAUUUCUAGCCCCGGCCAUCAGCCCUCUGAUCUGCAGCUCGGUGAACCCCAUCCUGAGCCAGCUGCAGCAGCCAUACCACCCCUCCAGCCUCAACAGAGCGACCAGCACAUCCAGCAACGUCAAUCUCCCACAUUUCCCCAUUAUAACCAGCAGGCAGCCGCCGUCUGCGGCCGGCGGAAGUGGGGUGGCCGCCUCUCUGGCGCAGCACACCCUGGCGGGUCUGCAGUCGGUUUUCCUCCCACAGGUUCUCCCUGAGCACUCGGCCCUCGCCUCCCUGGCGCAGUACGGCUCUGCAGAGGCCUCGCCGUGCUACACGCCGCCUCUCUGCAGCCCUGCCACACAGAGACGGACGGUUCAUCACGCCGAGCCGCCCGGCGCCACCAGCUUUCAGAGCUCCGCUCUGAGAGAGACAGCAGAGUCCUCGGCGGAUCUCUUUAUCCAGGAAAUAAAGACAAUCUCAGGCUCUCACAGCUAUUUACACCAGGAAAGGCCUUCGGUGGUGAGCGGCUCCUCAGAGGGGGUGUCGGGGGGCUUCCCUUCCCCCAUGGCGGUGAACAAACCCUACACCGCCAUCCCGGGUCAGGGUGCUCCUGCCAGUCGGACACAAUCAGGGCCUGAGCCUUGGAUCCGGCCCGCGGGCGAUCAAUCUCCAGUUAGAGUGUUAGACAGUGAACAGAAACAAUCCAAGCUUCCCUCCAACUUGUGAGUGUCAGACACACCCUCCUCAACCUGCUGAGCUGCAGAGGAAACCCCUCCAUGUUGGCAUUUUAAAGGGGACCUAUUAUGCAAAGUUCACAUGUGGCCCGUUUUUAUGCUUCCAUUUGGGUUUCCACUGCUUAUAAAAACAGCCCAAGUGCAUUAAAACAUCCCACCCAGAUAUUUUCUGGCAAUAAGUUCAUGUUUUUUGGAAAACGAGCCGUUUCAAAAUUCUUCUGAAUGUAACAUGACAAAUCAGCCUGUUACCUAGCAACCCCAGCGGAAUUCAGCCCAUUACCUAGCAACCAAGCAGAGCUCCAGCACAUUUGGUCAGCUGGUUUGGCCGCUGUAGAAUGGGUACUGGGAAUGACAAGUGUUUUGUUGUUAGCUUACCAUCCAGAAACCACUCGCUGCAUCCUUGUUGAUUGUGCAGGAGGCUCUUCUUCUGCUUUUCAAAGAUGUACGGUUGUAUAAUUGCACAUCUGUUUGAAGCCAUUUUCACAUGCGAGUGUAAACAUUGAGUUGGAGGCUGUGAUAGGCCCUAAAUCAGCUCAUUCUGCAAAAAGUAAUCUUGUCUUGUAAGAAUUAGUUUGAGGAGAAAUGUAAUGAACAUAUAAGCUGUUGAAGGAAGCAUAAUAGGUCACCUUUAAAUGUUAAUUUCAGUGCUGGGGGGGUGUGUGUUUUAAUCAGAUGAGAGAUCAGUUUAGUUUUUGUGGAUGAUGGAAGGAGAAACAUAUUUUUUCUACUCAACAGUUUCAUUAUGAUGAUAAAACCCAGAAGUAUUAAUGGGGUAUAUAUUUAAGACCUGAUAAGAAAUAUCACUUCUUAUAUAUACUAUAUUAUAUUCUAACCUUCCUCUGUGAUUUGUUAUUUAUUUGAAACCUCUUUUUUUUUGUUCCCUUUUUAGCUUCACCUCUUGAGCUGAAAAGAAUUACCCACAGUUGUAUAUUCAGUUUAUGAUUGAAACCAAAAAUGGCUUCCCUCUUGUUAGCAUCCUUUCCGGAGAAAUGCUGCUCACAGACAGUUUGUGCACUUUGCUCGUUUCAGAGAUCACUGCAGCGCGAAGGGUUUGGCGGCGGCGUGUCUUCCUAGAUAGAAAGCUUUCUCAGCAAUAUUGCACACCCGAACGGGUCACACUGAUCAGACUGCAUUUACAAAAAAAACAAAGCAAUGAAUGUAACAAUGUCAGUCUGAGGGGAAGGGAGGAUUUGGGAUUUGAAUGUGUGGAUGAACGUAAACAGACAAAAAAAAAAAAAAAAAAAAAAACCUGAGUUGAGGUUUGUGUGCCAUGAGCAUAGUAUGCAAUAAUCCGUGUUUUUAUUUUUAUGGACUUAUAAAGGUACUGUGAAUUAAAGCACUUGUGUCAAAUCAGUAAGAUUACUGGUAAAUCAAUCAAUUAAUUAGAAUAUAACAAACAGUGACUCAGUUCAAAAAGAGAAACUUAUAUACAUUCAUAACACAGAGAGAAGCAUUUGGACCCUUUGAGUUCAUUUUGAUUAUAGCAUACAGUUCAGUUUCUGCUUUUAAUACGCCGACAAUAUGGAGUAAUAGGUUCACCGUGAUAUUUUGUGGUUGUUACUGGCUUAUUUAUAAUAAAUUUGCAGCUUUUUGUAGA